UUUUUUUCGCCUCCUUUGAAAGUAUAUAUUGAAUUGACAUGUCAGUUUAGGUGGUUUAGAUUGACAAGCCGUUACAAAAACAGUCUUGUCAGGUCCAAAACCGCUCCUACUUCCUGCAAUGCAUGAGGUCUACAAAUUGUGGGCGCAGAAAUGAAAAAUAAUCUCCUUCGUGUUAUUCUAGAAUGCCAUGAAAUUUUAACCCUAUUGUCGUCACUAUCUUCACGUCCUGUAUAUCUGGCGCAGUCGUCGCCGUAUUUCCUACAUAAAGGCGAGCUCAAGCCUAUCCAGAGGAACAGAAUAACGCUCCACGAACGUUACUGAGAAUGAAGAAACAAGUUAAAGAAGAGAGAAUAGCCGCAGUCAAGAAACGUAGUUCAACGUACUUGAAAAAAUUCACCGUAGCAGUUUUCGGGGAAGCUAGGACAGGAAAAUCAUCCUUAAUUCGGACCUUCCUUGGAGAGACAUUUAAAAAUGACUAUGAACCGACCAUAGAAGACUUUUACUCCAAGCAGAUUGUCUACAACGACAAAAAUUACCAAGUGGAUAUCAUAGACACUUGUGGUACAGAGAAUUUCCCGGCCAUGCGGAAAGUGGAUAUCAACAAGGCAGACGCCAUUUUGCUUGUGUAUUCUCUGGACAAUCCGCGCUCUUUUGAGCGGCUUCGUGAGCUAAGAGAGGAAGUCUUUCAAGAACGAGGCAUUGGUUUGCCUGUUAUGGUUGUAGCGAACAAAUCAGACGUCGUCAUAGAUGGACAUGCUUUAGAAAUGAAAAUGAAUGAUGGAUCUUUGGUGAACACUAAAUAUGUCGCUGAGAAGGAAUGGAACGUAUUGUGGACGAUAACUUCAGCCAAAAUGGCGUGGGGUAUCGAGGACAUGGUCCAUGGACUCAUUGAUGCAUUCUACGCCCGAAGAGCACAAACAUUGCCAACUAAAGGUAGCUCAUGGUUAAAAAGGAGUCCUAUACUUAACAGCUUACGGCGGAAAUCCAAGUAAAAUUUUGAAAUGACUGCCGGUCUCACUUAGUAUCUGCGAGUAUGCUUUCAACAACUGUAUGAUAUGAAUUUACGUCGCUAAAAUGUUUGUUUUCCUUGCGUGGAGCGUCGUUCACGAUGCAUGAUAUUUUUGUUUUUGGCUUCACGCUUUGCUGCAUUCGUGGAUGCACAGAAUUUAAGCCAUUUGUUGUUUUUUUAAAUGCUUUCAAGACAAAUCAUUGUUGACUAUCUAGAGUUUCAAAUUACCUUGAUUCGUUUGAAAAUCUACUCGCUCUUUUCAUAAAAUGUCAUAAUCCUAAUCAAGGCAGUUUUCAGAAGCAUAUUUCAAAUAACAAGCUAAAUACUAUCUUAGCCAUCUAAGUGUGUUAAUCAGUUAACAAUAUUGAAUCAUCAAUUUCUCAGAAGUUUAUUUUCCCCGAAAUUGAUGCAAAUGACUGAAAAUAAUAUAAUUUGAAUGACAGUUGUUUAUAUGAAUUAUACUGAAAUUAAAGAUAAGCUUUUUAUAGUGA